AUGCUCUUUUCCGUUGGUAUACUACUUCAAAUAUCUGGCUCGCUAGUAGCAGCAGAAUCUUUGAGAGGAGUUGCUGAUGAAUUGCUUUAUUUAUACAGGCCCCUUGCUACAGAUUCAACCAAGUGGGCAUGUCUUAGCGACCCGUCGAUCGUUUUGAAUUUGUCACAAAUCAAUGACAACUACUGCGAUUGUCCUGAUGGUUCCGAUGAACCUGGAACCAGUGCCUGUGGGUCAAAAUCCAGAUUUUUUUGUGAGAAUCAGGGAUUUGCUCCAAGGUACAUUUCAGGAUCCAAAGUCGAUGAUGGGGUAUGUGAUUGCUGCGAUUGUUCGGACGAGAAUUUUGCCUCCAACUCAUCGUGGGUUGGAUCUCAAAGCUGUCAAGAUUUACACAGUGAGUAUGAGCAAUUAAUUUCGAAGGAGCUACGAGAACAGCGAAGGGGUUCACUUGCAUUGACUAAAUUAAAGAGCGAAUAUGGCGUCUCGACAAUUGACGGGGAUUCGGGUGAGGAACAACAAAUUCAGGAUUUGACAUCCUCAAUUGAAGAAUUAAACAAAGCAUUGAUCGCUUGUGAACAAGAUUUGAAGGAAAAAACAGCCCUCUACCGUCGCAAAUUGCGGGUUGACAAUCCGACACUAUACAAUUUCGAAAAACUUAAUAUCUCAUACCUGUCUUCAACAGUUGAUUAUUUGUUCACAAAUGUCGAGGCGAUAUCAAGAUCAUAUCAUAGUUUGAUCCACAUCAUGGACGACUUGACUUAUGAUUUUAACAAAAAGCUAAAUGAUCAAGUUGUCAAUGGAAAUGUCAUGAAAUACAUCGACUACAUGCAGAAGCAUUCAGGAGAUAUAGAGGUGAGUCCCCAGUUCGAUCAAGAACAGCGAGAGCAAGUAAAGAAAUACUUAACAUCAGAAUUACCACAGAUGUUCCGUAAAGGUAGCUCUUCUUAUCCUCUUCUUGCGAUUAAGGGAAAGUUCGCCAUGGUCAAAGCGAUCAUCAAGGUGAAAAUGAAAUACAAAGACGAAGUUUUAGAAGUUAUAAAACAUCUUUGUGAAUUAAUGGAUGAUGUUUCCACAAAUUAUAAUGUAAACGUACAAGACGCAGGCGUACGUAAAGCAGUUUCAGCCUACGGUGAUUUUUUGGCCGAGUAUGCUGGAAUUUUUGAUGUCAUUGAGGUACCGGAAAAGUUUAAACUGGAAUUGCAAAGAUUGGAGGACUUCCUUGAUGAUGAAGCACCCAGAGUAGCAGCCUCGGCUUACGACGUAGAAAACACUAUUGUCCAGCAAAUUAAGAACUUUUUGAGCAAGUUUAGGAGUUCAGUUUCCGACGGUUUGUCAAAUCUUGGUGAUCUGGAAGCUACCAUAGCUACAAUAGAGUCGAAUCGCGCGCUAUUGAAUCAUGAGUUACAGGAGAGGAAAAACGAUCUUCAGGAGCUCUUAAGGUUAGCUGACAUUGACAAUUCUGAAAAAGAUGCACGGAAAAUAAAGGAGAUCAGUGAGCUGUUCCAUAAAAUGGAUCCCGGGUGUAUAAACGAUGCAUUUAACAAUUACCUAUACCAGAUAUGUUUCAAUUCUGAAGAAGGCCGCAUAGUUCAGAAGGAGGACAAACCGCAAGGGAACAGCGUAUUGAUCGGUAAAUUUCAAAAUUUUAAGUUAGAUCCAGAAAUCAGUGCUCAGAGAUUUAUAGAUGGUCUAAGAAACGAACAUUCUGAAUCCGACCUCCUAGCUCAUUUAGAAAGUGAGGAGAGAAGUGACAAGACAAAGCUCUUAAUUGGAAACUUACCUGACGUUAAUAGUGGCUUGAUUAUAACAUACGGAGGGGGAGCUCGUUGUUGGAAUGGCCCUGCGAGAUCGGCGCAAGUGUCUUUCAGGUGCUCGGAUACAUUCAAACUCCGGAACGUUUACGAACCAACCAGAUGCCAUUACGUUUUUGAGAUUGAUGGCCCACUUGGUUGUACCUCCAGCUUUAAUUAUGAGUAUCCUGCAUGGUUUUAA